AUGUCCAGGAUUGCGCCAGAAGAUCUAGACGCAACAGCUACGAUGGCUUGGAGCCGUAUGGCUUCAUGCUCCGUAGAUGAGACCGAUGGAGAGGAACAGAAGAAAGAUCACGCGCUAAAACUGGACUGGUUCACGCAUAAGAUUCGAAUAUUAUUCACGGUUCGAAUGUUUACCGCCGCCCUGAUGUGUCUAUGCUUUAUAGCACUUUCAAUAACAACCUCAAAUCUUGCCGGUACAAUGGUCUGUAUGUUCGCACCCAAACCUGAAGCACCCAUGCGUGUCAAAAGAUUCAUGAACGAAUCGAGAGCGAAACAAUAUUUCGUUGAGGACUUGAUAGGAAAGCUGGCUAAUGAGACGAACGAGUGGAAAAAUGAAUCACUGCUGCAAACUUGUGAGUGGUCAAUGAUCACGAAUGCAAUUGAUCGUUAUCCAGCAGAAUCUGAUGAUGGAAGCGCUCUUGACACACUGCAACAAUACGAAUCCAGAAAUCUCGCUAGGCGGUUGAGCAGUCAAAUUGAAAUGCGUCCUUGCCGUGAGGAAGAUCCAACGUUGGAAUGGACGUCCUUACAGAAAGGUAGUUAG